AUGAAGCAGACUACUAGUCCUCACAAUACUAAUAACGUCUUAUUCGCAGGGGAACAACAAAAACAAGAAACAAACAUCAACUCUGUCAUUUUGCACAUUGAAGCUCAGGAAAGAGGAUCUGUGGUGGAAACGGCUGAAUUUGGUUUGAACGGGAAAUCGUUCGAUAAACGUGGUGAGAAUCUGCUAAAGGAGUGGAUUGGUCGAGUUGGUGACGGUCGUGUUGUAUUCGGUAUUGGAAAUGGUAAAGCAUCGUUCGAAACUCAGACGGCGGUCGCCUCGAUGAUACGUUCAGGGAAAUUCGAAGCUUAUGUGAAAUUUUGCACUGUUCCGGAGAACGGUGCCUCGAAGUACAGUAUCACUCCACUUGCCGAACAGGAUCUGCCGAAUAUGCCACCGACUCAGCGUAGUGCAGUAUCGAUCGGUCGUCGACUUAUUGAUCCAAUGGCAGAAUACGUCAAAAUUGAGCCGAAACACCUAGGAAUGGGAAUGUAUCAGCACUCAGUAAAUGAAAAGAAGUUGUCGGAAGCACUUGCUUUGGUGGUGAGGGAAUGCGUAUCUAUGAGAGGCGUUGACGUGAACGUUGCAUCUGUCCAGCUGUUGGAGAAAGUUUGCGGUUUGAAUAAGAAGACCGCUGCGGGUUUGGUUGCUUUAAGGGAACAGCUGGGAAGAAUACAUUCACGAGAAGAAAUCAAGAGUGUGAAAGGGUUAGGAGCAAAAGCGUACGAGCAAUGUGCUGGUUUUCUCACUGUAACCAACGGUAGUGAAGACGGUUUGGAUGCUCCAAAAAAGAAAAAGAAGAAACUGGUCAGUGAGCCUCUGGAUCGAACAAUAAUACAUCCAUCCCAGUAUGGAAUAGCGAGAAGCCUUCUCUCACGUGUCGGCCUCACACCUUCUGAUCUACCUUGUCAAUUUCUGCCCAACAAACUGCAAACACUUACAAAUUUGACGCCUGAGGAAGAGGCUGUCCGUGAUCUCUUUUGUACAGAAAUUAAAACACUACCUCCUCCUGAUCUCAUGGUAGAUAUUCGCAAAAUAGGUUCACUUAAAGUUGGAGAAAAAGUGAUUGGCCGAGUUUCCAACCAGGUGGACUUCGGGCUAUUCGUGGAUAUCGGCGCUGAGAAGAGCGCGCUCGCUCAUCGCAGUACCCUUCGCCAGCCCUAUCCAGAAGUUGGAGCAAGUCUUAUGUUCGUUAUUACGAACGUUGACGUACAGAAAGGAAGGAUUGGCGUAAGACCGCUUGAGUAA